GCUCACAUUACCUGCCGCCACAAAUUACACAACUAUAUUAUUACAAGCAUUAUUCAGUACUAAGCUGACCGCCUCCCACAAUGGUCUUCAAGAACAAAGUAGUAAUUAUAACCGGAGCCAGUUCAGGCAUCGGCGCCGCGUGUGCUGUAGUUUUCGCGAAAUCAUCAGCGAAACUCGUCCUUGUUGGAAGAAAUUUCGACAACCUCACGAAAACGGCAAACAUGUGCAAAAAAUUCGGACUCCACCCCUUUGUGCUCGUUGCUGACGUAAAUAUUGAAGAUGAUUUAAAGAAGAUUGUUGAUGAAACUGUGCAGCAUUUUGGAAGAAUUGAUGUACUUGUGAACAAUGCUGGGUUCACAAUACUUAAAGAAAUAAAAGACGGUGUAGACGCUUUCGACAGCGUUAUGCGAACAAAUCUCAGGGCUCCAUACCUGCUGACGUCCCUAGCGUUGCCUUACUUGAUCAAAACUAAAGGAAACGUGGUGAAUAUAUCUAGCAUCCUCGCAUAUAGACCAUUAGCAACCAUGACUGCUUACUGCAUGUCGAAAGCUGCAUUGGAUAUGUUCACGAAGUGUGCUGCAAUAGAAUUCGGACCACAUGGUGUUCGAGUGAAUUCUGUGAAUCCAGGACCAGUGAAGACCCAGAUAUUCAAAUCUGCUGGUCUCAACGAGGAAGCUGUUGAAAUGUUUUUCUCGAAUAUGGAGCAGUCUGCCCCUUUACAAAAGGUUGCAUACGGUGAAGAUGUAGCGGAGGUCGUGCUGUUCCUAGCUAGUGAUAAAGCGUCUUGUGUUACUGGAAGCUGUUAUCAAAUCGAUUGUGGACUAAGCAUCAAACAGACCUAAUUAUAUGGUAUAAGAAUUCACAAGUAUUUGGAGUACAAUAGAAGGCAUGGACCAAUUAACACAACAACAAAAGCAAAGUGCCAGCAAUUCUAAGAAAUAAAAAUAAUUUUGGUGAAUUUACUCGAGCACAUCAAGAAAUGUUCUGAGCACGAAAUAAAAUAAACCGUUCGUA